AUGGACAGUCAUCUAUCCGACGCGCAAUUAAAAGAGUUUACAUAUGAGGCACAGUUUGAUGACCACACUCUAGACGAGAACUUGGCCCCAGUUGAACCUCUGCCACCCAUCAAUUGCCGCGCAGGCACAGCAAAUAUCGGCACUCUCAGCCGCCUAACACCAGAGUGUCUACGUAUUAUAUUCAACCAGCUCAACCUCGACGCAAUAGUCAACUUUCAAUCCACGAGCCACGGCUCACUAGCCUUCGUCACUUCCCUACCCACCUACGGCGUCAUCAGCAGGCACGCGCGAAAUACCAUCCGCGGCGCCAGGAUCAUCGGUACAAGCCAUCGCACGACGUGCACCGAGCUCUACCGCAAGCUCUGCCAGCCCACGUGCGACCAGUGCGGCGACGAGUUCGGCGGCUACAUCUACCUCGUCACCUUCAGACGACUCUGCCUGCUAUGCGUCUCGACGCACCUGUCGUUCCUGCCUCUGGGGCGGCAGUGGGCGUGCCGCUACUUCGGGCUCGACAGCAGCACCGUGAACUCUCUGCCGCGGCUGCUGACCCUGGGCGGGAGGUACUCGCCGGAGAAGGAAAAGCUGCAGAACAAACAGAUCCUGGUCGACUACGACGCCGCUCGCGAGGCGGGCAUCGCGCGGCACGGCUCCCGGGAGGGGAUGGAGGCGUACGUCGCGGCCGCCCGGGGGCGAGCUGGCCGGCGCAGGGGACCUCCUGAUGGGAAGGCCGGCAACCCGCUGCGCUUCGCGGCCGUGGUCCGGUUGCCCUGGUACGACGAGGCUUCUGGCGAGCUGGAAUGGGGCUUCCACUGCAGAGGGUGCGAGAAGUCGGAGCAGCGGUCAGCCCUCUGCCGGAAGAAGUUCAACGUGGCGUCCUUUCGCAGGCAUAUUCAGACGUAUGGGCCGGUACAAGAUGGAGAGCACAGGAAGUGCAUUACAGCUACGUGUUAG